UUUUCAACAGUUCGCGCGCUUUUCUCGACCAUCUACUUUAAACAGCGCGUAAAAAAAACUUGUGGCAGUUGUUGACGGAGGAAAAUAAUAUUAUUAAACAGUGCAUAAUCCCAGCAUCGCCACGCCAUGGACAUCGACUUCGGCGCGGAGGCGGGGCAGUCCUACCACACGGUGCAGCUCUCCGCGAAAGAAGUGCUCGCCGCUGGUCGUCGUCAGCAUUAUUGCAACAUGAUCGACCUGCUGGCCAGCAGCUGCAAGAGCUCCGGGCUGAUAGCCACCUCCUUCACGGAUGACGAACUGGUAGAAUUUUGGUUGGGCGACAUUCUGCCCCUGAUGUUCGAUGCGGACCGAAAGAUCCAGGACUGCGCCGUGGCGGCUCUGGCGGAAGCACUGGUGGCCCUUGAUGUUUCCGCCAUCCACUCGGCCAGGUGCUGGCCCCAGAUUCGGAGUGAGUUCGUCAACAAGUACACCACGCUCAUCGGGGAGAUGCGCGACGCCAAGAACUCCAACUGGCACAAGAUCUGGACACUGCUGGUGCAGAUCAUGGACGAGGACCUGCUCAGGGGCUGUGUGUACAUCAACAAGUUCCUGGCACUCGUGGAACUGGGCUUCCGCAAUCCGGACAAUGGCGUCCGCUCGGAGGCGUUCCUCUGCUGGCGCGUGCUCAUCAAGAUCUUUGCCGCCUACGACGAACUGGCCUCCGUGAAGCGGCUUCGCCUGCUGCUAAUCCCCCUGCGAACCUCGCAGUCGCGCUCCUCGCACGUCAGUGGCAUUAAGCUGCGAGUGUGGUGGUACCUGCUCACCUGCCUGGACCUGGAGCUACCCAAGUCCUUUGACAGCGCCGUGGAGCACUUCUUGGCCUUCAUGUUUGGCGGAGGUCCUCGAAAUCUACCCUCGGGAUUGGCCCACAACUACCAAACAGCCCGGGAAUUGGCACUGCCUUGCUUGGUGGCCCUGUGGGGCGUGGAGUCCAGUGAACCGCUGCAACGUCUGCUCAGGGAACUGCGCCUGGAGACCUUCGCUCAGCCGUCACCUCUGAUGAGCAGCGAGGUACUGCAGCAACACUGGAAGCCACUUUUGGCCGCCGCCGUUUCCGGGAUGAAUCUGCUUACUGAGAACGACGCCACCGAGGCGGAACAACUGCUGCUGCAGCUGCUCGUGCGGAAUCUCUGCCUGGCCAUGUUCCGGCUGGCAGUUGCCCCCUUCACCGUAGCCUGCUGCGCUGAGAUCGAGCAGAUCUUGAUCGCCAAAAAUGGCUCCGGUGGUCGAGUGGUACGGGCUCUCUUCAACACCAUUGCCAGUGAGAACCUUGUGAUGGAGCGUGUGGCCGGAAGCGAUCACCUCGAUGUUCUGGAGGCCUUCCUGAAGCUGAUCCUAAAAUCCAGGACGGAAGUCCCAGCGGCCAUCCUGCAGCGCAGUAUCGCUUGCAUCUUCGCCGUCGAACGCAUUGAGGCGGACAAUCAGAACGAGUUCCGGCUACUCGGCUCCUUCGCGGAAAACAUAAUGCAAGCCAACGACGAGGAAGACUUUGAAGGCUUCGCAGUGAAGUUACAGGUGUGGCGACAGGUGUCGCAGGCUUUGUCCAACUACCUGCGCAACAAUGCGCUUGAGUACCGCGUGGCUCACAACGCUUCCCUCCUGGACACCUGGCUGUUAUGGCCACUUCAAACGUUGGCCGCUUUUGCCGGACGCCGUGCUAGCAACUCCUUCGAUAGCUCCUUUUGCGAACAGUGGCGUCAGCUUCUGAAUGCGGGUCAGAAUGCCGCGGAGAGGAAGAAGUUCUUGGGAGAAUUGAAGGCCGCGCUUGCAGACCUGUUCAAGAGCAAGGACGAACCGCUUUUUGCAGAGCUUUUCGAUGCUUACGUUACCUCCGUACUCAAGCUGGGCCUCUGCAAGGAGGCACCCCUGUAUAAGGACGUGUUUGGACUGCUUCAUACCAUUUUUGAGCACCCCUCCUCCCAGCAGAUGCUCGAGGCCUGCUUGAACACCCUCCGCACGUUGGUGCUGGAAUUGCGCCAAAACGAACUGAUCGUGGUGUUUGAUGCCCUGAAACCCACGUUGUCUUCUGGCAUCCAGUGCUGGAACAAGAUGAAGUGCGAGGGAGGCUUCCUGGAGGAGUGGAAGCGUGCCAUUCUGGAGAAGUUCCGAAAGUUAUCCAUGAAGAGUAUGGCCAACCAGCUGAGGGAUCUCUUCAAGGGCGACGAUCUCUUCGUGAUCAUCCCCUCGGUGUGGAGCCUGAACCCAGAGAAGCUAACGGAUCGCCAGAAGGAGCGUUUUGCCGAGAAGUCGGAUAUUCCUGCCCUGUACAACGAUAUGUCACAGUCGCAGGACUCGGCAUCCAUUAAGCCCUGGACGCCCAAGAAGGUGGUUAUCGCCAGGAGCAAACAGGGUGAGCUGGCUUUAACAGGCAAGGAUGAUGUCGAGGAAGUGAUCGACAUUACGACCAGCGAGGAAUCAGAGAAGGAGCCGAAGACAACUGACGUCCCCACCCCUGUCCGCAAGCUACCCGGCCGAAAAACUAAAGCUCAAAAGGAAGAGGAGGCCAAGCUGGCCCCACCGGUAGAAGAGCCGCCCAAGCGUCAGACGCGUAUGCGGUCGGCUCAAAAGGAAACGGAACAGGCGUUGCCCACACCUGAACGCCCGCUGAAAUCGCCCAAGAAGGUGCCACCGCCCCCGGUCGCUCAAUCCACACAAUCAGCUGCCGGAAAGCAGACAAAGACUGCGAAACCCACCCCCGUUGUAGUUAUUGAACAGAGCGAAGAUCUGUUCCCAGAAUUCACCGCCGAGCAACAACCUGAGCCAGAACCGGUUAAGAAACCCGAGGCCGCCACCGAAAUACAGCUUACUCCGCCAGAUGUGCCUUUGGAAGCAGUACCCUCCACCCAACUGCCGGGGAGCAGCGGCGAAGCUGCUCCUGCUGCGGUUGCUGUCGCCGCUGUAGAAACCUCGCCCAAGAAGCCAAGCACGCGAAUAUGCAACUUGAACUCUCCACCCGAUCGCAAGCAGACAAACAAUUCCUCGAGUCCCACGCUGCGUCCCAAGCCCACGGGCCAUCUAACGGGACGCGGUGCCCAGCUGAUCAACAUGAUCCGCAACAAGAAGCUGGAUACCGCCGCCGGCUCGCCCUAUGCUUCCAUGUCGACCUCGCGCCUGGUCCACCAGGUGACGCCAGCGCGAGUCCUCGACCGCGCCGAGCAGGUGUCCACGCCCACCAGCGAACUAUACGAGCUUACGGGCACGGAUCACACCUCCACGCCGAUUCAGGCACCGCCCUCUAAGGAUCUGCUGACGUUCUCCAAGCGAUUGCCCUCGCCGUCGGCCAGUCCCUCGGUGAGCAUCCUGAAGCGCAAGCUGCGGUGCGAGAGCCUCGAUGAUGUCACUCUGGACUCGCCGGCGCUGAAGCGCAAGCGGGUGAGCUUCCACGACCCACCGGUGUCCGUCACCAAGGAGUACCUGCGGGAUUCGGAAGAGACGCGCAGCUCGCUGAAGCCCAAGAGGUGCCUGCUCAUGGACAAGGUGGCCCAGACCAGCGAAAUGCGCCAAGCAUUGAGGAGACGCGGUCGCCUGGACAGCAUCAUCGAGAUCGAGCGCUUCGCCAGCGAACAGACGGCCAGAACAGCGACGACGGACAAGACGAUGGACAAGUCCGCGGGAGAAGCUCCCGAAGAGGACGCCUUCACCAGCUUAAAGUGGAACGAUACUGCCAAUGCCCAGAACAUAAGCCUCACUGAAGAGCCCGCCAAGGCCAUGGAAGUGGAGCCCGAGCAGGAGGCUGCCGCUCGCGAUCUGGCCAUCAUGGAUCCAGAUGCCGCCCUCGAUCUGGUGGUGGAUCAGCUGCCGCUGGAGUCGGUCCUGCAGCGCUAUUUCGACAAGGGUCAACUGAAGAGCGCCGCCACGCUGGCCAAGUUCCUGUCCGCCCAGAUGGGAGCCAACGAGAAGCUGAAGACGAACGUGUUGGAGACGCUGUCGGAGAAUCACUCCAAGGACUUCCUAGACCACGCCGUGCGCGAGAAUCUCUCGUCGGUGGUGUGUGAUCGCCUCAACCCCAACUCUGUGCUGGAGUACGUCUGCGCCAAGUCCAAGAUCAACAACAGUUGCCGCAGCGGGCUGCUGGCCCAGGUGCCGGAAAUCCUCAAGAGCGGCCCACGCUCCGAUGCGGAGCGAACGGCCUUCGUGCAGCAGCUGCUGGUGCAGUGCAGCCCCAGCGACGAGCAGCUCCUCGAUCUCAUUGACCUCCUGAUGCGAACGCGUCGCGAGCGCAACACCAGUACAGCCCCCCACCUCCCAAAGGGCGUGGCAUCCGCCCUUGGAAGCCCUGACAACGUGGCCGAGACCGCGGCGGAUUCCUCUUCCAACCUAUGAGUUGGAGUUACAGAGCCGAAGUUAAAGAUGAAAUAUUGGGUAGUUUGCCAUUGCCCUCUUUUGAGGAUGGGAAAUCGAUUGUAUCUGCUUAGUUUUAGUUAGUUACGUUUACUUUUCAUUAUGUUUAAGACUUUUAUGCCCGUUGGUGUAUUACGUUUCGGCUGCGAGAACUUGCUUCAUUUUACAAUAAAUUCAAGAUUUUAUUAUUAAU